CGUUGGAGAAACGUUCACCAUUUUGUAUUUUGUCAUUUACGUUAUAGAAGCUAAACCGGAACAACUACGAUCAGUGCCGGCUAGUUUAUUCCACAUUUUUAAUAAAAAAUACUGCAUAAAAUCGCAAUUACUUAAAGUAAAAUAGUGCUGGUCAUUCAAAGUUAGUGAGCAAAGCAAAAUGAGUGCUGAAAAUUCGAGCCCUGCUUUGAAUGUGGAAAAAUCCAUUGUUAUACUGCUGGAUGUUGCCGGUACAACAACUUCUAACACGUUUUUAAAAGAUACACUUUACUCAUAUGUAACUAAACAAGCUGAAACCUUCCUGAAGGAAUCAUGGGAAGAACAAGAAGUAAAAGAUGCAGUCAAACUUAUUAAAGAUGAUCUUGAUCAGGAAGCAGCCAUUCCACUCAUUAAAGAACUCACUGAGAAAAACAGUGAUAAUGAAGGCUUGAAGAAAGUACAGGGACUGAUUUAUAAAAAAGGCUACAAGAGUGGUGAAUUGAAAGCACAUGUAUUUCCUGAUGUUGCUCCUGCUUUGGAGUCCUGGGCCAAAUCUCGUAAAAUUGCUAUAUACUCAACUGGCAGCUUAGAAUCUCAACAACUCCUAUUUACUCAUACCACCGAAGGAGAUGUAUCUGCACACAUUUCCAAAUAUUUUGAUCAAAGUUCUGGAUCCAAGACAGAGUCUGCUAGUUAUGAAACUAUCUCCAAAGAGUUAGAAGUUAAACCAGAAGAAAUUCUAUUUAUCACAGAUAGUGUUGAUGAGGCGAAAGCUGCUAAAACUGCUGGUUUUACUUCUGUCCUAAUUACUAGAGAUGGUAAUGAUGCUUUACCCGAAGAAGCUUCCAAAAAUUUCCCUGUUAUAUCCAGUUUCCAGGAUGUUGUAUUCGACAAAUCAGUAAAACGUAAAAAUGAAGAGGAGAGUGCACCAACAGAGGAGGAACGUCCAAGCAAGAUAGCAAAAACUGAAAAUGGGGUAGAAGACGAGAAGGACAAGGAAGAGAAAAAGCAAGAAUCUCCUGUUAAAGAAUCAUCAGUGGAUGCUAAAGUUGAGGAUGAACCGAUGGAGGUCGAUGAUGUCGCUGAGAAAGAAGGAAUCGCCGACAAAGGGGAUGUUGUAUCAGAGCCUUCUGCAAAGACUGAGGAAAUAACUAAGACUGAAGAUACUGCCACAAAUAAGGCCACAGAAGAAAAAUCUGAUAGCUCCCAAAAAUUAAUUACAGAAACAAAGACUGAAGAUGAAAAACCAAUGGAAACUGACAAUAAUAGUGUGGAAACCACAACUGUAGAAACCAUAGUUACAGAGUUACCAAAAGAAAUUAAAGUGACGGAAGUUACUACUAAAGAUACUGAAGAGAAGAAAGAAGUUAAGAACAAUGAAGAGAUUAAGAAAAUUGAAGCUGCUGUAGACGAAAAACCAUGUGAUAAAGAAGAAUUGAAAGAGGCAACAAAAUCUGAAAUGAACAAAACUGAAAUUGCCGUAACAGAGGCUAUAGAAUCAGAUAAAACGGAAAAUUCAGUAGCAUCCACAACUUUGGAAAUAAAAGAAACUACAGUCGAAGCAGAAGUUUCUAAAAAAGAGACAGAAGAACUAAAAAAACAAGCAGAAAUUAAAGAAUCCAAAUUAGAAGAACCUACAGAAACUAAGGUAGAAAAAGAAGAAUCUAAAAAAGUAGAUGAAGAAGAAAUCAAGUCUACUGAAAACGAGAACCUCCCAACAAAAGUAGAAGAAACUAAAACGGAAGCUUCCAAAGUAGUCGAUGAUACUAAGAAAGAAGACCAAGAUGAACCUAAAAUAAUAUCAACUGCAGACACAAAAACUGCAGAUACUGAAAAGAAAGUAGAAGUGGAAGUAAUAAAUAAAGAGGAAUUGCAAAAAACAGAUGAAGAAACUAAAGCGGCAACGGAAGACACUAAAAUGGUAACCGAGGAAUCUAAAAUGGUAACUGAGGAAACUAAAAUGGCAACAGAAGAAUCUAAAAUGAUAACGGAAGAAACUAAAAUGAUAACGGAAGAAACUAAAAUAGCAACGGAAGAAACUAAGAUGGCAACGGAAGAAACUAAAAUGGCAACGGAAGAAACUAAAAUGGCAACGGAAGAAACUAAAAUGGCAACGGAAGAAACUAAAGUGGCAACGGAAGAAACUAAAAUGGCAACCGAAGAAACAAAAAUGGCAACGGAAGAAACUAAAAUGACAACGGAAGAAACUCAAAUGGUAACAGAAGAAAUUAAAAUGGCAACAGAAGAAACUAAAACGGAAGAUAUUAAAAUGGUAACAGGAGAAACUGAAACUGUAUCAGGUGAAACAAAAGUUCCAACAGAAGAAACAAAGAAAGUUGCUGAAGAUACAAAGCUAGCAAAAGAAAAAACAAAUGUAGCAAUAAAAGAAACAAAUGUAGCGACAGAAGAAUCAAAGGCAGUAAUAGAAGAAACUAAGGUAGCAACAGAAAAAUCAAAUAUAGCGACAGAGAAACCUAAAGUAGUAACAGAGGAAUCUAAAGUAGCAGCAGUGGAAACUAAAGUAGUAACAGAGGAACCUAAAGUAGCAACAGAAGAACCUAAAGUAGCAACAGAAGAAACAGAAGUCAUAACAGAGGCAACUAAAGAAGGAUCAGAAGAAACAAAGGUGGCGACAGAAGAAAAAAAAUCACCAACAGAUGAAAGUAAACCAGAAACAGUAGAAUCACUAAAAAUGGAAACUGAAGAACAACAAAAAGUAAAACCAGUAGAAGAAAGUAUGGAUGCUGAACCAAGCUCAGUUACUGACACCAAACCCGAAUCUGCAGAUGAGCAAAAAGAAACAGUUGUAGAUAUUGUUGACAAAAAGGAAGAACCAAAAGUAGUUGAAAAUGGAGAAGAAAUUAAGGCGACAGAAAAAAAGCCCGAAGAAAAAGAUUCAACAGUGGUUGAGAAAGAAAAUAAAAGUGACUUAGCCAAUGGAAUAGAAAAAUCAAAUGGUGUAGGUAAAGAAGUAACAAAUGGUAAUUCAAAAGAUGAAAAACAAAAUGGUGGAGCUACUGAAUCAACAGAUAGCAAUGUAGAAGACAUUAAAGUGAAAAAAAUUGAAGAAGCUGCCACAGACACCACUCCUGUAAGUGUUCAAGUGUAAUAUGUCUAAUUAUUCGUUUCACUUGUCCUUAAAAACAGUUUUUAGUGUUUAUUUUUAUAUUAUUUAUUUGUAAUAGUUCUCAUGUUUGUUCUUGUUUACAAUUGGAUAUAGAAUGAUGUUCGCAGUUUAUUUUUUGUGAUGUAGGCCUAAUCCAAAACUUUGCUGGCGUUAGAAACAUUGAAUGGAAUUCUCACAUAUUUGAAGUUGUCCAAUUUACAUUACAUAUUUAUUAGUAGUGUCGCCUUUAUUAAAAAUAGACUGAUAGGAGAAUCUCAAAUUUAUAAGACUCAAAGACUGAAAUGUUUAAAAAAAAAUCUGAUAAGACUUAAGGGGACAUUCCAAAUAUGUUACAUAAAAAUCUGAAUUUUACUCGAUUUUUUUUAUAAAUGCCAAGUAUGGUCCUUUGGCCAACAAGGCAUUAAAACAAUGGGCUAUAAUUAAUUUUCUAGUCAAUAAUAACAGUAUUUAACUAACACUUUCAUAGUGGAAGAGCUCUUUUUAGUGUGCUUUUAAAAUAAAAAUAAUUAUUUCAUGCAUACUUAAGGGGUUUGGCAUUGGGUGUGAGUGAACAUUAAUGAAAUUGUUAAUUGGAUACAUAACGAACCUCGCAAUCGUAUACAUAAAGGUACAGACGUACCUUUCCGAGCUUUCUCAAAGUCAAGCAAGUGAGGCAAUCCAUAAUCUCAUUUUAACUUUACCUGACCACCAAAUUGCAUAUUUACACAGAGGUGCGAGAUACGUUCGGAUAGUUGCAAUCUUUGCCUUGAUAUUAAAACCAAGAUGAAGAGAGUUUACUAAUUGCAUUCGGUAUUGUGCAUUGUCACACUCCGCACACUAUGCAUUUUAUACUAUGGUCAUUAUUUACAUUAUUCCAUUGAUUAAAUGAAGAACUGUACCAGAUUGAACACAAUCCUAGAGAACAUCAUUCCAUUUUUACAUAUAUAGUUAGUAAAUAGGUUGUUUAUUGCUUAAGCAAGUAUCAAUGUUUCUAAGCCAGGAUAGUUUAAGUAUUCUCUUGUGUGAUCUAAAUUGUUCCUCUUAGUAUAAAAUUUUAACUUCCAAGAAUAAGUGCCAACAAGAUAAAAGACUGGAGUAAAGACUGCGACUAAAUUGGCAUUUUUUUUUUUCAAAAUUUAACUGUUCUGUAAUAAUGUCAGUAUUUAAAUAAUCAUCUCAUGACUGUAAAAUGUAGCUGUAAAUGGGGAUGGUUUUAUGAAAGCGCUCGUUUAAUUUUUGACUAUAGAAUGUUUUAUAAUUUUUGUAUUUAGUCUAAAAAUUUUUAACAUUCCCUGUCAAUAUGAUGUAUAUUUUUUUUAUCGAAAAUACUCAGCUAAGUUUAAAAACCAUUACUAGUUUCAACUCCUUGUGAUAACAUGAGUUUUGUCAUCACUCUUUUGUUUAAAUAAAUUAAAUAAUUUGGUGUAUCAUUCGGUCCAAAGAGGCCCUAUUUAUUGUAUACGUUCAAGCACCAUAAUAAAAUUUUUGUAGCGUUA